UCACGUUUGCCCCAGUGUCACCCGUCACCAAACAAUCAUGGCGGACUACCGAGAGGCGCCCUUGGCCACACGGCCAAAAACACUGGACCCAAAUGAGUAUUUCAACCUCUCGCCGGAGCAGCGACGUGCCGAACAAGACAGGGCAGCACUACGAGCGGACCUAAAGAGGCAGUAUCAGACGCAACUUAAUAACCCGCACAGAAAAGAGCUCAUUGAAGACCCUGCCCUGACACGCUGGGUGCAUGCACGCACCAACCCUUACUCAUACUUUAGGCCCACAUUCAAGACAUCUCUGUUGGGUGCGAUGUUUGGAAUCGCGCCUCUCUUCGGCCUCUACUUCCUCUUCAAGACAGACAGGGACAGGAAGGAGGCGCAGAUUAAAGCUGGAACCCUCGAGCGCAAGUUCAGUUUGUCAUCAUGAGCUCUGAUGUGUAAAGACCUCCUUUAUCUUCCAGUGAUGCCAGUGCGUGUAGUUAUUAUUAUACAAAUAAAAUCAUAUUGUCAAAAACA